UGUGUGAGCGAGGUCUCGCGCGCGCGCUCGCGCGCGCGCGGACGGCAGGAGAGUGAAGGAGCGAGGAGCGGCCGGGUGUGGGUGUGUAGGAACGAGUGUGUGUGGGAGUGGGGGUUGAGGGCAAGCCAGAGCGACCGUGAGGCUGUGAGAAAGUGGGCGAGUGUGCGAGGGCGCCCGGCCUGGCUGCGGGAGCCGCGGUGGCGGUGGAGGAGGGAGGCGGCUCCCGGCAUCCCGACCCCAUCCCCCUUCUCGGACCUCCAGCCCGCGCUUCCCUCCGAGGCCCCAGCCGGGCUCAGCUGGCCGAGUGCAAGGGAGCAGCCGUCCAAGCCAGGUGCUGGAGUCUGCUUGUCAGGGAGGGGGGCAGUCUGUCAUUCUGAGAACAGAGAGCCAAGAAGGGGAACAGCAAUUUCAGUCACAUACAAUCUUCCACUCAGUCUAGAGCCACCUUUUUCUUUCCGACUGUCCCCCUGCAGGUGGUAAGGAGCUGCAUAUCUAACCUUUAGACUUUUGGCUACCAGUUAAAAUCCACUUAGUUUCUGUGGGGAUAGCUUUUAAAUUUUUUUCUCAAGUUUCCUUAGAGCCCCUCUUGAUAGCAUCUAGAGGUGGAGGGGAGAGUGACAUCAAGAAACUCCCUUUUUCCCCCCUUUUCAUUCAGUUCCCUUUUCCUCUUCAGAGGGAAAUUGCCAGCAACAUCUUAUAAAUCCUCUACCCCUUCUCAGCCAUAUUGUGAAGAAACAGACUAAAGUGAACAUUCUGUUUUCCUCUGACCAAUGAACACCAAACAAGUUUCAGGCAUUAGUUGGUUGGUGGCACAGGAUGAACCAAAUCCUUUAAAAUAUCUUCCAAUUCUUCCUUUGCCUAAUUUGUAUCCACCUGGGAUUUGCUACUGGGGUAAGUCACUACACUGAUUUUUGUAAACUUCUUUCCACCCUUUGAGCUGAAAGACUGAACAACAUGAACCCUGGAAGGGGUUGAGGGAAAGGGACAGAGCAGAGCGAGUUGUCCUACACUUUGGGAAGUAGCUUUUAUCAUUCCUUGGGGAGCAGGCAUAGAGACCUAAACUGAGAGAAAAUGGGUGAAGGAAGAACUUCUAGACCCACGAACAACAUGUGAAGAGUGAGAGAAAACCAAACAUAAAGUAAGGAGGUCUUUUGAUUCUGAUUUCACAUGCUAUUCUUAUCUGGAUUAAAGAAUUUUCCUAAUAGUAAGAGGUGUGCUGAUGACCCCUACAGCCUGCCAAAUUACCUGCCACUUAGGUGGGCUUUGAGAAACCACAGCCAUUGACACUAAUGUCAGAUCAUCAAUACAGCCUCUACCUCUUUCAUAGAGUCUUCUUUUACAAGGAAGGGUUUACAAUCAGGAGGAAAUAAUCCAGGAAAAGGAAGAACACGCAGAUCAACAUGUGUAGCUCUGUGGCAGCCAAAUUGUGGUUUUUGACAGAUCGUCGAAUCAGGGAAGACUAUCCCCAAAAAGAGAUCUUACGAGCAUUAAAGACCAAGUGUUGUGAGGAGGAACUGGACUUUAGGGCCGUGGUGAUGGAUGAGGUGGUGCUGACAAUUGAGCAAGGAAACCUGGGUCUGCGGAUCAAUGGAGAACUAAUUACUGCCUACCCCCAGGUGGUCGUAGUGAGAGUACCAACCCCUUGGGUGCAGAGCGAUAGUGACAUCACUGUUUUGCGCCAUCUAGAGAAGAUGGGAUGCCGUUUGAUGAAUCGACCUCAAGCCAUCCUGAAUUGUGUUAAUAAGUUCUGGACAUUUCAAGAGUUGGCUGGCCAUGGUGUUCCUCUGCCAGAUACUUUCUCUUAUGGUGGCCAUGAGAAUUUUUCUAAAAUGAUUGAUGAAGCAGAAGUACUGGAGUUCCCAAUGGUAGUGAAGAAUACACGGGGUCAUAGAGGCAAAGCAGUUUUCUUGGCUCGAGACAAGCACCAUUUGGCUGAUCUAAGCCAUCUUAUUCGCCAUGAAGCUCCAUACCUGUUCCAGAAGUAUGUUAAAGAGUCUCAUGGACGGGAUGUACGUGUCAUUGUUGUGGGAGGCCGUGUGGUUGGCACCAUGUUACGUUGUUCAACAGAUGGGAGGAUGCAAAGCAACUGCUCACUAGGUGGUGUGGGGAUGAUGUGCUCAUUGAGUGAACAAGGGAAGCAGCUAGCCAUCCAGGUGUCUAAUAUCCUGGGGAUGGAUGUGUGUGGCAUUGACCUGUUGAUGAAAGAUGACGGCUCCUUCUGUGUCUGCGAGGCCAAUGCAAAUGUAGGUUUCAUCGCCUUUGAUAAGGCUUGUAAUCUAGAUGUAGCUGGUAUCAUAGCGGACUAUGCCGCCUCCCUUCUGCCCUCUGGCCGGCUCACCCGGCGUAUGUCCCUGCUCUCCGUGGUGUCCACGGCCAGUGAGACUAGUGAGCCGGAGCUGGGUCCCCCAGCCAGCACUGCUGUCGACAACAUGAGCGCAAGUUCCAGCUCUGUUGACAGCGACCCUGAAAGCACCGAGCGAGAACUGCUCACCAAGCUCCCAGGGGGCCUAUUCAACAUGAACCAGCUGCUAGCCAAUGAAAUCGAACUCCUGGUGGAGUGACUCCACUGGUAAAUAAUUAACCAACAAAACCCUUGUAAAACUUUCUUCUUUCUUUUUUUUCUUUUUUUAAAAAAACCAAUUUGCAAUGCUGUUCAUGGAAGAUGCUCAGGAAGAUGAGAGAAAAUUUAGUAGGAUUAGUUAGGAGAAAAGAAGAGGGAGCUAGACAGGACCUCUGCUAUUAAGAUGUUACUGACUUUCAUUUGCAAAUUCUACAGCUAGAGAGGCAAAAGAGGUGAGAGAGAGAAAAAUGUGAGGCUCUUAUAGUUACCCUUUUAAAUUACUCAAAAUGUUGUAUGCUCUCAGGCCAUGGGAAACAUAAAUUUUUUUCAUAGUCCCUUUUGUUUUUACACAGUUGAUACAAAUUUCAGAGUAGUGUAACUUCACAUUGUGUUGCAAAGAUUUGUAAUGGGUGAGGAAAACAUCUACCGAAAUUACAUGAAUUUUUUUAUACAAAUCUGAAAAUUCUGGCUUUACCGUAUUAACUAGCAUCUUUAUGUUCAUAAAGUCUUGAGGGGCUCUUAUUGGGAUUUAUUAUUUUUGUUUUUAGUUUUAUCCCUUAAUUUUGGUGGGGGGGGCAACAUGAAUAUGACCCAAUAAAGGUUUCUUUAAUGACAAAAUUGGCAUGUUUGCAUGAUAAAAGGGAAAUGAACAGUAUUGCAAUAUCUGGUACACAAAAUAACAUUUACUCCAAUGUAGAUAAAAUUACACUCAUUUAAAAUAUGUGCAUUGACCUGUAUUUGUUAGUGUUUUAGUCUUUUUUGAAAGAUAUAUGCUCUGUUAAUGUUGCAUUUUUUUUUUAAACAUGCUAGUCUAACAUUCCCUGAUCUAUGCCUGCAUCUUUAACAAUGGCCAAAGUGAAGAAAAUGCUACCUUUUUUUUGUUAACAAGACACUGACUUGAAACGUGUGCAUAUAAAGCUUUUUAUUUUUUCCUUUUUUCUUUUGGUGGUUGGGCAUUUAAAGAAUAAGGACUAGGAAAAGUAUUUUGAGGGGGUACAAAUCAAGGGCCUGUAAGUUCUUACGUAUAAAGCUGAAGUGAUUUUUAAUCCCAGCAUUAUAUAUUUGCAUUUUUCACAUUUUAGGAAGGAGUAUAUAUGUGUCUGUGUGCACGCAUGCAUGUGUAUGUGUUUUGCUUUUUGUUUACACCAACCAUUCAAAAAGGAUAGAUUCUAGAAAAUGGAGCAUGGUGGGCAACACAUUUUUUUACUUUAAAAAACAGAUGAGUUGUUUUCAUAACUAUACUCCCCUAGGGUAGAGAUACUCACCUGCAGACAGAAGGAGAAUAGAUGCUUCUUAGGCCUUUUUGUGUAUAUGUUGUUUGGUUUUUUUUCCUUUGGUUUUAGACUGUUCAGUGUAUGAUUUAUUCAAGGCUAUAUGCUUUUCUUCAAUGCUUCUGGCUGUUCGUUUUCUCCUAUUACACAUAGGUUUUGAGAUCGGGUGGGCUGGACGUUUUUGUUUGGGGACUUAGCAGUAUUAAGUCUCUUAUAUAGCCCUACUCUGAAGCCAUCAGUACUCUCUACUCUUUAUAUACCUUUACUUUCUGAAUUUAUAAAAGCCCCAAAACUGCACAUAAUAUGAGCCUUUAAAACAUGGGUAAAACUAUGCCAGUGAUGGUUUGGAAGGUGUGUUAAGAAAUGGAGAUGCUCCAGAGCUCAACGUACUUUUUUUAAACAGCAAGUUCCAUCUCCCUACAAUCCUCUGAAGCUUAUACCCAAGUCCUUUCUUGUCUCUCCAGUGCUUUUUUCCUUCAGAUGGACUUUAAACUUUAUCUCUUGGACACUACUAGAGAGACUUCAAGGCAAUAAUAAAAGAUCAGUAUUAACCAGCUCUAACACAGGUUUGAUCAUGCUUGUACAGUUUUUCUCCCGUUUUAAAAAGGAAUGUAAUAAAAUUUGUUUUUUUCCAUAGAAUGAAAUAAUAUUAAAAUUGAGUGAAAGGUUGAUUGUUGACAAAUAGAAUAGUACCUCUGAUCUGUGCGGUGUUUCAUUUCACCUCAUAAAAAGAUACGUAAGAGGAGUUUCUAAUUCAUUUUAUGAUACUCUAAUCUCAUCUAAAAGAAUUUGACUUGAACAGGUUUAUUAUGGGACUUACAUAAGUACCUCUGACUCAUUAAAUACUUGGUACUUCUUUCACAGAAAGACCAUACUUUGGAGGAUGUACACUAUUUGGGAAAGAGAAAGAAAUAAGGGAGAAAGAACUACUUAAUUAAAUCAUUAUUCAUAUGUUUGUGUAGAGACUAUCUGGUUGCCACCUAAAUUAUGUUACAUACACUUUGAAUAGUUACAUAUCACAUGUAUGUAGAUUAAUGAAUUUUAAAACACAAAUAGAACACUCUUUCUGAUGAAGUAUUCAAGGUUUGUGUUGGGUGGGAUAAGGCACCAGGAAAAAUAUAGAUAGCCUCUUAAAAAAAUUUUACCAAAUUAACCAACUAUAUUAUAAGGAAUAUCAGAUAUAUUAAUUUUAUUCACUAUCCAUCUUUUGUGCAUUCACACUAUAUUAAAACUUAGCUUUACCAACCUAUUUCUGGAUUGUAUACUCAUAUGUUAGACUGAAAAGGGAAGGAAUGGUCAUUUUAGACUUUAAAAACAUGAAUAUCUUCUUGAAAUCCUUCAAAAAUUAAGGUAAAGAAAAUGAACAUAUCAUUCUGGAAGAACCCCCAUAAAACAGCCCAGAUAAUUAAGUGAAAGUUAAAUAUAUUUUUAUAUUGUUCAAUAACUUUUGUUUAAUCUUUAUUGCUAUUAUAAGAGGUAAAAAUGUAUUUAUCAAAUAUGUAUAAUCAUUAUGCCAAAAUCUGAAUUACUGUAAAAUUGUGCAUUGUUAAAAUUGUAAUUAAUUCUGAAUUGUAUUUUAAAAGUAAUUCUUUCUGAUACUGUUUUUUGUCACCCAUGAUGAAAACUGGACUAUUAUAUAUAUAUAUAUACACACACACACACACACACACAUACAUAUAAAUAUGAACUAUUCCAUUUAAAACUUUUAAUAGUUUUUUUUUCUUUUUUGGUGCCUAUAAUUGAUUGGUCAUUUCUGCUGGCUUUUACUGCACUGAACUUUAAAAUCUUUCUGUAUAUGUUAUCAAUAAGAAAAUACCCUGGAACAUUGUAAAAAUCCAUCAAGAGACUUGCUUUCAUCAGCACUUUAUCAGACUUUUGAGAAGUUAUCGAAGGCAUUGAAAGAAGUAAUUGACUUUCAAAAUCAUCUCUUCUUUUUCUCAAGAAGAAAACAAUGGAAAAACAAAUUCUCUUCAUUCAGUGAAUCCCCAGUUUGGGGUCUGGGGAGCUAGAGACAUUGUGAAAUCAAAUCUUGUGUUAUUUUCUCCUGGCUCACUCUUUUUGAGAAGGUUAAUGGGCUAUGUGGCUGGUGAGACACGAUCCCCUCCUAAGAAAAUGUAGGUGCUCAGACAGCCUUUUCAGGAGCCAAAAAAACAAAAA